AUACAAAGGUUCUUGAUCUAACUUCGAGAUUCAUCAAAGGAAUAGGUUGGGUUGUCGAUCAAUGCGCGCGCAACAUUAGACAAGGAUAAAGAUGGCUCUCUCAUUUUCUCUCUCUUUCUAUCAGCUCACAGUUCCCAUCAAAGGCGCCGCCAGGUCUCUCCUACUCUAUGUAUAUAACUACUGCAGUUGCACCUUCUGCACUUGGAAUGAAACAGAUGUGCGAUAAAGUGCACUGGACAGAAAGAGAGAAGAGAGAGAGAGAGGAGAGGUGCAAAUGUCCCGGCUGGCAGCUGCGAAGUCAACUGUCAAACCCCGCAGGUCAGCCGUUUCUCGUCAACCGCUGCUUUUUCGCGAGGCGAAGGAUGGAGAAGAAUUCGUUCACGUCGUGCUCGAACUACUUCGCCCGACUGCGGCGCAAGACGCGCGAGAUCGACGGUGGCGUCGAGAGACUCUCCGAGACCUGGAGGACUCCGCAUCUUCUCAUGGGCGGCUACGAGGAACGCACCGCCGAGACGAACGCCUGCUUGGAGGAGAUGUGGGAGUCCAUCCGGAGUACCGGCGACGCGAUAGAAAAACUUCAGUCGGAAGUGGAACCAUCCUUGGACAAGACAGAUCAGUUGCUGGAGGAGUCGCAGGCGCUGUACGAAAGUUUGAAGGAGCAGUCCAAUGAAUUAGACAUCGUCCUAAAGGAAUAUGGCUAUCAUUAUGAAGAGAGUAUUGACAGACAGGAAAAUCAUUCAAGAAACGGUAGUCAAAACUGUACAAGUGAUAGCAUUUUAAAUAAUGAAGAGAUGGAAGUUGUCGAGUUCACGCCGAACUUGACGUGGAAAUCCAGUAGAACUAAAUUCAGAGAGUCUGACACUUCCAACGCAAGCCAGAGGAAUAUGAGUGGGAUUAAGGGUAUCGCUACGCCCGUAAUUAAAAGAGUAGACUCAGUUUUACGAUCGGAGAUUAAUGCAAAUGGAUUAGGCGACGCGUCUGGCGCAGGAAUCAGAAUUACGAAAUUAUUACAAAAGUAUUGAAGAGAUAUUCAAGAGAUAAUUUUAAUUCUGUACAUGUGUGAAAGCUUUCUGCCUUCCUAUUUCUUGGUAACAUAGAAAAGAUAUGCCGUCUAGUAAGUUGCAUCGAUAAAUGAUAAAAGUACUGAUAGAUUGUUAAUUAUAUUAAUUUAUAUGUAUAAUUCAACUCUUUAAUUCAAUUUACUUCUUAAAAUAUGAAUAUAUAUGUUUACGUAUUGUUAGUAUAUAAACUAUAUAAAGUGCGUUACAUUAUUGAGGUUAUACACUUGCAAUUUCACGGAGAUAUAACAAACUAAUUGUUCGAACUGAAAACGAAGCAGAUUUUUAUGCGUAUUUUUAUAAUAAAGUAUUUUUGUAAUCGAAAAGUUUUAUAAUAAAACAUGGGAAAAAAUUAAAUCCUCUUUGCUGUGCCGUGAAGAAUUCCACAUGGUCCAUGGAAGUAAUCUAACCUAAUCUAAUCCAACCGUUCCAGCCUAACCUUAAAAGUGUGGAACUAUCGUCGAAUUGUCAAGAUUCACGUAUUGUAGUUCUCGUUGUUGUUCGACAGUAUAAAUUAUUAAAUUGUUGAUUAUCAAUUCGAGUUGGAGCAAUAGAUAACAGAUUUUACAAUGAG